AUGCCCCAGGAGUCGAUUGGAAAUCACGCGACUGCUCAUCAAGAUGGGUCGUCGAGAUGGAAGAAGAUAGCAGCUAAAUAUGGAAUUGACGCUCCGCUUGUGCUAUUGAUGAUUAAGGGAACCGUUGCGCCUACCGUUGGCGUUGCUAUAUAUCAGGUCGACUCCGUUGCGAGACAUUUCUCGACAAUUGGCUAUCUAAUCCCAAUAAUGUCCAUCCUAACCGUUCCGGUGCUGCCUCGGGCGCGAUUUUGCCAGAAUCUUGUAGUGACCUGCCUUUUGACUUGUUUCGCAGCUGCAAUCUCGCUACUUGCGAUGUGGUGUGCGGUUCAGGCUCGAGAAAACACGACCCACCUCAACGGAGAAACAAAUUCUAAUGGUCCGGUUGCUGGUGCUACUAUUACUAACACAUUCCGGGCCUAUCGACCUCAAUAUUUCCUGCCUUCCAUUAUUUUUUCAAUUUUUAUCAAUGUGACGGCAACCUACGGAACGCAAUUUGCAACUAUGAAGGAAGCGGAAUCCCUAGUAACUCAUUUACUGGAGAGUUUUUUCGUCGGAUUUGGAAUCUCAGCUGCCACAAAUCUCCUCCUUGUUCCAUUCACCUCUCGAAAUAUUGUCACCAUGCUAAUGGCUCGAGAACUCCACGGGUUCAAGGGCGCUUUGGAAGCGCAGAGUCAAUAUAUGGCGUCACUUCCCACGCGUGAUUGGUACGGUACUGCAUAUGCUCCGAACGAUCAUGAUAGCGGAAUAGACGACUACUACAAUUCUCUCGCGAGGACCAGCCCUUGGCCUGAGGCCGAUGUUUUGAAGAAGAUCCUAACCAGUAUUACCACACUCCAAGCAAAGUCACAAUCGGAACUUCGCUACGCAAAAGUUGAGGCGACAUGGGGCAGGUUAGACGCAAAAGAUUUGGAGACCAUAAGCCACCUAGAAAGGAAAAUUUUGUUCCCCCUUUUAGGCAUGGAGUGCCUCAGUCAUGCCACGAAUCGCAUCGAGAAACGUGGUGGUUGGGAGGCUGUGAGCGGUUUAAAGGCUGCUCAUUCUCUGACCGAUACUGAGUAUGCCCACCUCCAGGAUAGGGAAAGACAGCAGUGGCACUGGAUAUGUGGGCAGCUGUGUGCUCGUGCCCAACAGCUUCAGAAAGGGAUGACGAUAGGCCUUGACGAGUCAUUGUAUGCUCUGCGACUCGGGAAGCGGCCCGCAUCUUCUGUCAGAACUGACCUCGAAGCGAAUGGCCACAAUUGUUCACCUGAGAAUAGGGACUGGGUCGCGCACUGUGAGGGAAUGAUACAGCAAUUUCUUAAAGAGAGACAAGGCCCCAUAGAAGACUGGUGUGCUUCCAAGGGCAUGGAUGAUUCUUUCCAACAGAACCACGCGACACAACAGGACUAUCCUUUACACCAACGGCACUUGUCUCAGCUGUACCUGGUACUCGAUCUAGAUUAUUUUUGCAUUAUGACUGCGCAAGCGAUCUUAGAUCUGGCUAAGUAUGCUAAAUCCAAAGUGAAUGAUGGAACGAUGGCAAGGAGCAGGCUUAUCUUCCCAACUUGGAAACAACUUAAGAAAUGGGCCAGAGACACAGUAUCUCGCGAGGACAGCAAUUUGGAUUACCAGGAAUAUAGUACCCGAUCUGGUACUGUCAUAGUCCGCCUUAGCGACAUUGAGCAGUCCAAAAAGGAUCCUGAACACCUUCCCCCGGUGUCCGCCUGGGAAAAAAUAUCGGAUAAAUUCCGCAUCAUUUCUCACAUCUUCGGCUCUUCAGAGUCAGCAUUUGGCUUCCGAGUUGCAACAGCCACCAUGGUGAUUUCAAUUGUUUGUUUCUUGAGGGAUUCUCAGCAGUUCUUCAUUGAACAGCGCUUGAUCUGGGGUUCGAUCAUGGUCGCCAUCAGCAUGACGAGAACCGCAGGGUCGGGCAUCUAUGGACAAUUCAUACGAUUUGGUGGAACAGCACUUGCGAUGAUCGCAUCGUACGUUAUUUGGUAUAUCGUCGAUCAGCGAACGGCGGGCAUUAUCGUCUUUCUCGGCAUAACAAUGUUCUUUUACCACUACCCAUUGAUCAAACACCCUGACACCCUCGUCAUUCCAAUGAUAGGAAUGGUCACGGUUAUCCUGAUAGUGGGAUAUGAACUUCAAGUUAAGAAAAUCGGUAUUCCCAUCUCGAUUUCCAAUGGCCAGGUCUACCAUCCCCUGUACGAGCUUGCUCCGUACAGGUUAGCUACAGUCCUUGGUGGCCUGGCUGUCGCAUUCAUCUUUACGCACUUUCCGUCAGUUACUACAGUUCGGCGACAGCUCCGAGAGGACCUAGGAGCUUCUCUUUAUCUGCUGGGCAACUACUAUUGCUCUGUGCAUCAAACAGUAUCACUCAAGAUAAGAGGAGCAGAAGGAGAUCCGGGGGACGAAAGAAGUCCAGGAAGAAGACUCCAGAAAGCUCGAAGUCGACUCUUCGCUAAAGAAAUUAUUCUCCUCGAAGGCAUGAAGAAGCACAAGAAAUUCGCGACAUGGGAACUCGGGUUGGGUGGGAAGUUCCCAGAAGCAUCCUACGACAGGCUCAUUAAUCAUACUCAGCAUAUCGUUCAUUUCACAACCAUGAUAUCUCACGUCGCCGAGUCAUUUCAAAAUUUCCCAACUUCCACUGGGGUUCAAAAAACCUCAGAUUCGUGGUUGAAAGACUUCAAGAAUCUUGUGAUCUCCCUAGAGCUAAGUUCCCGGGAGGUUUCUGCUACUCUCUCUUUGAUCGCUACUGCUAUAUCAACGGGCCGGCCAUUACCUUCGUUCCUUAGAGCUCCAGAGCCAGUCAGCCUGGAUCAGCUGCUCAAGAAGACUGACUGUGAUAUCCUCAGUGCGCUGCACGUGUGUGAGCCGGGCUACGCGGCUUUUGCCGUCAUACAAGUAGCAAGUGCACUAUUGGCGGAUGAUCUAAAAGGUUUGUUGCGUGAGACGAAAAAGUUAGUUGGAGAGGAGAACUUUGGCAUUGAUGUUUUCUCUUUGCAUGAUUAG